UCUCACACACGCUGACGACUUCCCGGCCCCAUCGCGCUGCCAUUCGCACUUUGACUGCUGGGGCGCAUUGGCCUCAUUCGGCGCGGCCCUUCUGCAACCCCGCUACUUCUCCUCGCAAGAGCUUGCGAGUGCUCGAGUCUCGUCCGGCCUGGACCUAAUCGCUGGCAUAGAUGCAACAAGAAGUUACGCCUCCGCGGGAUCGAACGACGCACGCCGCCGCCGCCACGCUGGUUCUCUUCAUCUCCAUCGCGAGUCGCUACUGGCUUGUGGCCUCAUGUUUACACAUGGUCGGCGGCGUCGCUGAUCUAUGUUCUAUGUACGGGACUGUUCAUCUUGAGAUGUAUGAGCGUCGACGAGUCUGGACCGCGCUAGCGCUGGACAACGCUGGACCCACAAAUCUUACUCGCUUCCACGUGCAUCAUCCUUGCAAAACCCUCUGCGUCUCUUUUUCCCCCAUUGCGUCGUACGCGUCUCCAGAUAUCAGGAUAUCGUUACGUAUAUUCCUCGCCUUCGCGCACAGCUCCUUCGUAGCGCUCCGUCACGUCCGUUCUGGUCGGCUUGCGCUCGCGCGGUCUGGUCUCGCAGGCUCGCGAACCGGCCUGGGGUGUCCAUGUCAGCCAGGAAGAGCAGGGGUGUUGCCCCGUUACGUCCGCUGGUGUGAUGAAAUUUCUGUAUUCUGUGUAUUUACGCGUCUACUUGUCAUCUUCCCUCGCAGAACUGAUAUGCUCGGAUCAUGUUGCGAUCACGUCCCCACGAGCCCCCUUGUGGUGCCUUCAUAAGCCCAGGGACCGUUUCUGGAUUCCCAUUCUGUGAUGUUUAUGUACCCAGAUGACGGGUGAUCCUGAUGCAUUUCCGCCCGUCGGGAUCCUCCUGCCCUCCCUGGGUUAGCGCCCCGCUCUACCAUAGUAGCGGUUGUGGUUGUUAUCAUCAUCAUGGUAUGUUCGCACCGCCCUCGCACGGACGUGCAAUCGAAAGCAAACCGC